AUGGCAUCCGUUUCAUCGUUAGAUAAAGACCUUCGGAAUUUGCGGCUCUCCCGAUAUACGCCGCAGGCAGCCAAUGAAAUCCGGGAGUGGAUUGAGGAGGUACUCCAUGAGAAGCUGCCCAGUGGGGAUCUAUUAGAAUUGUUGAAGAGUGGAGUAAUUCUUUGUCGACUGGUUAAUCUCGCCGUUUCCCCGGGUGUCAAGUACAGAGAUUCAACAAUGCCCUUCGUCCAAAUGGAAAACAUAUCGCAUUUCCUCCGCGCAUGUCAAGUCGCGCCUCUGAAUCUCCAACCGCAUGAUGUAUUUCUUACUGUCGAUCUCUACGAAUCGAAAGAUCCUGCGCAGGUACUACAAUGUAUCCGCUCCUUUAGUAGGAGCGCCAACGCACUUCAGCCGGGGAAAUUUCCGCGAGCGAUUGGCAUUAAGAGUAAGAGCGACGCAAUGAGCCCUCAACUUACUGGAUCUAGCCAGGGCGCUGGCCUUGGGCCACCUUCUUACGCUCGAGUUAGAGGCGCUAGUAACGCUAGCGAAUCCCACUCGGCGACGUUUAGCACCAUUGGAAAGGCUCCAACAUCUGGACGAAGCAGCCCUUCGAAAGUCUCCUCCAAUCCCACAUCACCCAAACCUGCCAUUAGUGCCUGGACCAAUAAACAAGAAGAAAACACGACCAUACCAGCGUGGAAUAUACACCAAUAUGGAUACAUGGGAGGCGCAAAUCAGGGCAACCUUGGAAUAUCAUUUGGUGCUAGACGGCAAAUCACAAGCCCCAUGCCAGAUGUACCUAACCUAGCGGAGAAAGAGAGGAAGAGGCGAGAAAGAGAGGCUGAAGAAGAAAAGUUAAGGUUGCAGCGAGAAGACCAAGAGCGCCGACAACGGGCAGAGAUGGAGGAAGAAAGGCGCGCCAUCGCUGAAGAGGAACGCAGAUGGCAGGAGGAAACGCUACGACUGAGAGAGAAAGAACGGAAGGAAGCGGAAGAAGAGAAGAAUCGAUGGGCAGAGCAGCAGCGCAGAUGGGAGGAAGAGGAGCGUCGUCGAAACCUUGAGGAGAAGGAAGCGGAAGAACGCCUGGAAAAGGAACGACUAAGGAAAAAGGAAUUAAGUAACGCGCGGCUGAAUGGCCAAUUUCUAAGCCAGUAUCAAGCGUCUCAGGGCAAGGCAUCCGUUCCUGCAUCUAGUGAAAAGUGA